UUUUUUGCGCACGUUGGGUUUCCGGAAGCUGCGUUUGACGCGACUUCCGUCGCACAUCUUUUACGCAGCCAUUCGGUAGUUUCGAAGUUGGCGGAGAGCGACUUCACUUGAAAAUAUAAACAAAGGCUUCUUCGUCGAGUGUUGUCAUGGAGGACGAAUGGGAGGAAGAGGAGCAGUUAGUCGUGGCGGAGCUGUCAGGAAUGAUCAGCUCUGAUCUUCUGUCCAGUCGUCAGGGCACGUGUAAGAUCGUCGACAUCGACAGCGAGCAGCCCAUGAUGCAGGUGGGACGCUAUCUUUUCGCCGGAGAAUACGAGGACGCCAUGGGAACAUGUGUGGUUUUUCAAGAAGAGAAUGGGGGCGGGGCGGGCUCGAAGCCGGUACUUAAAUACAAAUGUCACACGAUGAAGAAACUGGUGCUGCAGAGGACGUUUCUGUCGGAGAGGAAAGAGGACGAGCCGGUGUCAAACCGCAUAGAGGUGCUUGCUCUCAAUGAUGAACAGUCGUACGGACGACAAAGCGCAAUGUGUCACUACCUGGAUCGGAAGGAGACGGAGAAAUCACUGCUUGACGAGACUAAAGACUGCGGGGAUCCAGAGAUGAGUGGGGAUGAAUCUCCGGCUGAGAUGGACGAGAGUGAGGCGGAGGAGACGAUUGACACAACAGUCAAUGUUAGCACUGAACUUGCAGCAGCAGAAGAAGAAGAACAAGAGGAGGACGGUGGCUCUUAAUGAGAAGUCAAACACUUUUGAUCUUGUGCAUUCUGCAUUAUGUAAAUAUAAUAAUGUUGUUCACACAGAAGAAUCUAAGAAAAAUUAAAUACAGUAUGUUUGCAAUAUA